CAUAACAAGAACAACGCGUAGUUCCUAAUUUGGGUCGUACUCGUCGUAGCAAAACUACUGAGUGCGUAUGGGAAAAAAGAAAAACGCAUAAAUUCGUGAUUUAUUUACACCUUCCUCGGUCGGAGACCCCGCGGUUGAACAUGAGAGAAACACCACAAUUCGUACAUCUCUCGUAGAAAAAAUAGUGUGGUUGCAGCUCGAUGGCCGCGAUAGAAUCGUCCGUGACAUCUGAAUUCAUGUGUUGUGGGUGCCGUCAUCGCAUGCGUCACUGUUCCUGAGAGAAGUUGAAGUGGUGUGUUGCGAAUGAUACAAGGGGCUCGACGGGGUCGUAGUACCGGUACCGUAUCGGGAAUCAUCAACUUCAACAGUACAAGACGAGGAUUCCUAAUCCUAGUAAUUGCUACUUAAAAACUCCGUUCGUGUACUCUAUGAUCAUGUUCGUGUUGUAUCACUCCUCACUAUUGCUUCUGCUAUAUCUGCGCCUGAGCCGAAAAUAAAGAGCCGUCUCCGACUCAACAUCAUAGAUCAAAAGAGUACCUCUACGUUGUAACAAGUACAAAGAAUUUACAAAAAUAACGGGCUCCUGAACAGCUUCGAGUGAGGCUUGGAUCUCUGUGACCACACUUUUUCCGGCUAGGCGACCAAGACGAAGAAAAUGCCGAAAAACGUCAAGACUGUCCUGUCGAAGGUGUCCUUUGCGAUCGCGGGGGGGGUACUACAAUAUUUAUCUAUAUAUAAAAAGUACAAUUUUUUUAUGUUGAUGUACAUCCAUCAGUAUAGUUUGAAGAAUGGCCCCCGAGUAUGCAUGUGCUUAAAUCGUCAUACUGAAAAGUCUUAAAAAAUUUGUACAGCAGCGCGUGCGCUGGCGAUGGACACAGACGCGAAGAAGGGCUCGAUCGUAUCACAUGAAAACACGAAUAUCUUGCCCUUCCCACACCCAACAAAGUGUAUCUGUAUGCGUGUUGUUUUGUUUGUGGAACGGAGGUUAAAAAAGGUCAAUUUGUUUAGUGAGGAGGGGGUCGAGGAAGAUUCCAAGCUUGUCUAGGUAUAGACAUAGGUCGGUCAUGCGUGUCAUGGAAGAUCGGCCUCUGUACAAGCGCACUGUUUACUAGCACUACAGACUCACCUACAAGAGAAUGUAGUGCGGAGCCUCAGGUUCUUCUUUUCCUUGCCGCAAGACAAGCUCCCCUUUUUACAUACGACAAGCAACUACAAAAACUUCGUUUCGCAAGGCCGGGGAGUGGGAUGGGAUAUUUUUCCCCAGGAUAAAUCACUUCCGAGGGAAAUUACGAAGCUGAAACCGACAUCGCCGAGGACGGCGAAGCGGUUGGAGAAGCAACUGCGGGAGUUUUUCAAGAAGUGGGCGGUACUUAUGAGGGAGUUUUUCAACAUUCUUUUUCAACAUUGACAUUGAGCUGCUUUAUGAUUCACGCACUUCAUUGCGGCAGUACUUAGAAGCCACUUUUUUGCAUUGCCUUUGUCUCGCGAAAUUUUUCGAGUUUGCUCUGUUUUUGCAUAUAUACAGUUUCAACGAGCUGGGGGUGCACGUUCGACCACGGUGCCCCGGGAAGCAACCCGUGCAAGUACUCUGGGCUCACGGCACUGGCGGGUAAACCGGCGCACAAGAACUGCUGCUACGCGGAAACUCUACACAGCAAGAACAAGGAUGGAGGGGUUGUCGGGACGGCGUGCCACAAGUGGACAGCUGAGGCCGUGCUGGCGAGGUUCAAAGAAUACGACACCCAAGACCUAGCCGACAAGCACUUCGCAAAGAUGAAGUUCGACUACUGUCCCAAGUAGAACAAGAACGAGGAGCGGUAGGUACCGCUCAUCGGUUACGGCAAACGGUUGUGGUUUGUAAGAAACGAAGAAACCUCCAAAAGUAAAUAGUCGAAUCGAUAUGAUAUGUUAUUUUCGGUUUCGCUAACGCUUUACAUUUUUGUAGAUUCACAAAUAAAUAAAGAAAGUGAUCAGCUUUUAGAAGAAAGUGAUCAGCUUUUAGAAGAAAAUAGUCGCAACAAUUCCUGCUCCUUCCCCUUCGGUCGAAGUCGAACAAAAGACGGAACUUUUUAUGUGACCUCCUGUACGAUGAUCUCAGCCCCACCGUGUUCUUGUAGAAAAAAAAACACUGCAAACUGAUCGCAGUGGAAGCCAAAUUAAUAUAAGUAUGUCGUAAGCGAAAACCUAAUCGCCGCCGCUGGCAGCUGAAUGCUGCGCAUUGACAUUUGUCAUACUCACAGCUCUCAGGUGUGAUGUUUUCACGAAUGCAAAAUAAAGCAGCAUCAUGCGUGGAAAAACGAUUGUAUUGGGUAUACUAACUAACGCCUCUGCACGUCAGCUCGGGAAGAGGAAAACGCUGUUGAUAGUGUUGGGAGACGGAUUUUCAUCUGAAUCACAAGUGCGACAGAUAAAGAUAUAGGGAACCAGCCGCAAAU